CGGCCCCUAGAGUUUGGAGUGUCUAUUUGCCAGCGAUUAGGCCGGUUAUGUGAGCAAUGUAUGAUCAUCACCUCAGUCCCUCAGUAUCUGCACCUCGACCACUGUGUGCCUCCUCAUGGCUGCUUCUCUCCUUCAUUCCAGAGAACAGCCCAUCUUCACCACCAGGGCACACGUCUUCCAGAUAGACCCCACCACCAAGAAGAACUGGGUACCAGCCAGCAAGCAAGCAGUCACCGUCUCCUACUUCUACGAUGGAACCCGAAACAGCUACCGGAUUAUCAGUGUGGACGGAGCUAAGGUCAUCAUCAACAGCACCAUCAGCCCCAACAUGACGUUCACAAAGACGUCGCAGAAGUUUGGCCAGUGGGCUGACAGCAGGGCCAACACUGUGUUUGGACUGGGAUUCCCAUCUGAGCAGCAGCUCACCAAGUUUGCAGAGAAGUUCCAUGAGGUGAAAGAAGCCGCGAGGCUAGCCAGAGACAAAUCGCAAGAGAAAGCGGAAACUUCCAGCAACCAUUCUCAUGAGUCUGGCCGUGAAACUCCUUCUACACAGCCGUCCAGUGUGAACGGGACAGAUGAUGAGAAAGCGUGUCACGGACCUCCCAUCGAAACCCUCCUCAAGAACGACAACGACCGGAUGAAGACUGGCCCAGCCCAAGAUCCGGCUGUUAUUAGGAAAUGGGAGACGGAGAUGCAGACUUUGCAGGACAGCAACGAUCGACUGACCACUGCGUUGGAGGAGUCAACGAGCAACGUGGAGCACUGGAAGAAGCAGCUGGCAGUGUGCAAAGAGGAAGGAGACCAACUCAGGGAGAAGAUUAAAGAACUUGAGGUGCAGUGCAAUGAGGUCCAUCUAGAGAAGGAGCGGAAUGAGCAGCUCAGUCACAGAAUCAAGCAGCUCGAAGCUGAUAUUAACGACAAGGAACAGGAGUUGGAGAGGCUGAGAAAGGAGGCGGAAGUGAUACCCCAGCUCGUGGAAGAGUGUGACGCGUUGAGAGAGACCCUGCAGACCACCGAGGAAACGAACAAGGAUUUGGAAACCAAAACCAAAACUCUAAAGACUGACAUUGAAGAAAGCCACCAGAAGCAAGGCAACAUGAAGUGCGAACUGAAGAGUUUGCUGGAUGUCCUAGACGGGAAAAUCGAUGAGCUCCAUGAAUUCCGACAAGGACUGGCUAGACUGGGGGCGGACAAUUGAGGAGUGUUAGUGAUGGGGGGGGGGGGGUGGAGGGGAGGAGGGAGGAGGGGAGGAAAGGGAAGGAGAGAGGAAGAAAAACACUCUGAUACAAACUAGGGUGCUGCGAUUCUGCAUUCCCGCUUCCUGGUGUAUGUUCUCAUCCCGACUUGGUCGAAACGUCCCACAGGCGAAAGCCACGUCGCUUUGUAUCCGAGGUUUGCAUUCUACUGCGCAUUGGGAACCUCCUCUCUGUUUUGCUGCCUUUGAAUAGGAAUACUCUAUGGCCUGGCUUCCGCCGCUGCCGUUCUGAUAGUGUGUGUGUGCGUGUGUGUGUGUGUGUGUGCGCGUGUGAAUCCAUUGAAAUUUUCAAGACUGAGGUGUAUAGAUAUUUGUGCGGUAAAGGUAUCAACGGAUAUGGGGCAAGGGCGGUAAUUGGAGUUGAGGUACAGAACAGCCAUGA